AUGAAGACGACAGCUCGUACUCCGGCAUUGUCCACGGUUGAGCGGGCAGUCAAAAACGUCCCAUAUCCUCCAAGCCGCCGACUUACCAUUAGUGACAUUUUUGAAUCCAGAGGAAAGCCAAAUAUCGAAAAAUUGAGACAACAUUUUCUCCUCGAAGGCCGAGUAACUGAUGAGGCGGCUCUUAAAAUCAUUAAUGAUGGUGCUGCUCUACUUAGAGAGGAACCUAAUGUAUUAGAAAUUGAUGCUCCCGUUACCGUCUGUGGUGACAUUCAUGGUCAAUUUUUCGAUUUAAUGAAACUAUUUGAGGUUGGCGGUAACCCGGCGACUACAAGAUAUUUAUUCCUCGGUGACUACGUUGAUCGUGGCUAUUUCAGCAUUGAGGUGAGCGUCGAUUUUUAUCCUAAAAUCAUUCAUUUUAUUCAUGAUUUGAGUCUUAAUUUAUUAGCUUGA